AACUAACGAGAAAGCUUUGAAAAAACCAGAAGAAAAGCUUUUUCGUUUCUUCUUCUUCUUCUUCUCUUCUGUUCGAUUAUGGAGGAAGAAAGCACUUCAGUGGAAUCCAACACUGGAAACGAGCGCAUAAAGCUCAACGUGGGUGGAAAGUACUUCGAGACAACGCUAUCCACGCUCCGCUCCGGCGGCCCCGACUCUCUCCUCUUCGCCCUCUCGAACCGGCGCUCGGCCGACCCGAACCCGGUUUUCAUCGACCGUGACCCGGAGAUCUUCUCUGUCCUCCUUUCUCUUCUCCGCACCUCUCACCUUCCCUCCACUGCGCGCCGCUUCUCUAAACAAGAGCUCGCCGACGAGGCCCUCUUCUACGGCAUCGACGCGCACCUACGUGCCGCCACCGCGCCACCUCCGUUCUCCGGUAUCGACGCCGCUCUCGCUUCCUCAAUCCGCCCAGCCUCAGAGGGCCUCCCCUCCUCCUUCGUGGCCGCUGAUUCCGGCGCUGUCUGGAUUGCCCAUGGUGGCCAGAUCUCUGGCUACGACUCAACCCUCACUCACUCCGGCACUGUCCGCACCCACCUCGAUGAAAUCGACUCCAUCUGCCGUGUUUGGCCCGAGAUUGCCGCUAUCGGGUCCAUGUCCGACCCCGGCCUCCACUUCUACAACUUCUCCGGCAGCCGCCACGUCGGAUCGGUCCACUGGACAGAUCCUCUCGAUCCACGAAUCUUCAAGGCGCAUGUCAACGCGAUAACCGCUUCAGAGAACUCCGUUUUCGCUUCAUUCGAUUGCCCUCACAGAGAGAAUUGCAUCCUCGAAGUGGAUAAGUCGAACCUGCGGACUGUGAAUCAGUUUGCUCGACAGUCUGGGAACCAGGCGAAGAAUAUGGUUCCCGCGAAGCUGACGUGGAUUCCCGCGACCGGAGUUCUCGUCGGUAGCGCGGUGACCGGUGGUGCUUUUGGUUUCUCCGGCUAUGUCCGAAUUUGGGACCCGAGGUCAGGGGAGGUGGUUUGGGAGACGAACGAGCCUGGUGGUUCGGGACGGAGCAGCCGAUUCGGGGAUUCGUUUGCUGACGUGGAGGCUGACGUUGAGGGAUUGUUGCUGUUCAAGUUGUGUUCUAAGUCGGGGGAUUUGGCUAUGGCGGAUAUGCGGUUUUUAAAGGAUGAUCCUUGGAUUUAUCUGAAAGAGAAGAACGCUAGUUUGGUGAGUUGUGGUGAAGUGAGGAAUAGUGUGGUGCAUUGUUACAAGGGGCAAGUGUUUGUGUCCAGAGAAGGUGGGUUGGAGGUUUGGUCAAGGGUGGAACAAAGGGAAAAUGUUGUUGUAAGAAGUGAGAAUGAGAGUGAUGCUGAAGGGUUUUAUAGGAGGAAUUUUGUGGAUAAAAGAGAGGAUUCGGAUAGAGGGAUUAUUAAGAAGAUUGAAGGUGGUGGAGAUAGGUUGUUUGUUAGUAGAGAAGAUGUUGAGGGGAUUGAAGUUUGGGAGAGCUCUCGUUUCUCUGGAGCCAUUUCUGUUUUGUGAUCAGGGAUAGACAGUUUCUUACUUAGAAUCUGCUGUUCGGCUUUAGGUUGGAUGUCUGCAUAGGAAAUCACUUUUUAUCUUUCAUUACCACUCACUCAUUUUUUGUUAAUUAACCGAUUGCUUAUUUCUAUUUAUAUAUCCUAUAUUCUUUUUUUAUUUUCUUGCUCAAGCGAUUGUUUAUUGAUAUGAUCAGGAUACAAGGACAAAACAUAUUUAUGUGCACUUAUUUUAUGUUUUGCUAUGUCUGGAGUCCGACUCACUAGCUGUGCAAUGCACAUAUUGAUACCGUCAGGACAGUUUAGAUACCUAUUGCAAUUAAUGAGCCCAUAAGAUCAGUAUACUUGUCCAGUUAGUAACUUAGAAGGUCAUGAUUGUUGAAUAAAACACGAAAUAAACAAUUGAAAAGAAUGGAAUGAUUAUUGGGUUUGCUUCAAAUCUUAAGCCCUAAACUGUCAUCGAGUAAUAAAGUCAAUGGUUAUAUGUUU